ACAUUUCAGUUUGCUUUGGUGGUACAUUCCCACAUAUGGCGACUUGUCAUUUUCAGUGAUCGAAUUCAGCAUUGUUGCAUAAUCAAUAGAAAAAACCACUUUAAUUUCCACCUUAUCUCUUAGUAACAAUAAAAAUGCAAGCACCUAGACUACUUCGUAGUUCCGUUAUCAAACAAAUUCGAAGGAAUUACACUGAGAGCGGAUUGGCCAAGACAACCAUAAACGAUCUUCCAAGCCCACAAGGAAGCUGGCAAACCCAAAACGAUGCGAACCAGAGGAAAUUUAAUGCUCAACUAAUAGGCGGAAUUGGGUUGCUCACUGGUACCAUCAUUUUUGGUAAGGCCAUUGGAUACUUGGAGUUCCACAAUGAUCUACCAAAACCGGCAGAUAUUCCCUCAUAUAAGUAGGUGUGUUUAGUUUAACGACUCUAGUGUUGAAUCUCAGAUAGCUCGUAAUAAAUUGUUGUAACUA